UAGUGUAUACUGUAUAGUGUUUGUCCACGUGUCGAAAUAGCAAAAUAAUCGAACUUUAUCCGGUGUUGUGAAAAAUUAAAAGACCAGAAAAUGAGCUCUCUCUCAUCUGCAGUAAGUGAUAAAGUUGCCGAUAUGUCUGCAAUGUCUAUUGCACAAGCUUUACCGCCGGCACAACAACCUCCGAUCGUACCUCCUUCACAAUAUAAUCCAUUCGCCGGAUUUGAUCCGCAUGCUGGAACAAAUUGGCUCUAUCCGAUUGAUUUCACAAGUCCGGAAUACCUACCCUUGAUUACAGAAAAAACGCUAUACCACAACUCACUGGCUAUCCUACCAAACAAAUUCGAGAAGACAUUUGUUACAGCGGUAGCUAUGUACAAUGUGUACCGUUGGUAUCCUCUCGGGAAGGUAGUAUUUAUCGCACCAAAGCGGAAUUUGGUGUCCGAUCAAAUGUCCGCUUGUGAGCGGCUGAUGAAGUUUCAGUCCGCCGACGUAGUAGAAAUGGUCAUGAAGCCACACGAUCGGCCACGUUUCUGGAUGAGCAAGCGGGUGUUCUUUAUUAGCUCGUAUAUGAUGCUAUGCGAUGUAAACCGGGCUGCCGAGGAGCGGAUGAUGAUGGAUAGGGUUAAGUUAGUAGUCAUUGAUGAGCCACAAGCAGAGAAUCGACUGCACACGAAAAUACUGCAAAAAUUAGCAGAGUUUAAUCAGAAUUUUAGGAUUUUAUGCGUGUCGACGACGUCUAGUAAAACUGUGGACGCUGGACUACUAAAACAGUGGUUUAUUUCGAACAUCGAGUUGCAGUGGGGUAACCCACAAGAGACACCAGAGGAUUGGUUAAUGAACAAGAAAGAAAUCAGUAAUAUUUCGACACCAAUUAAUCCCUCACUAUCAGCACUGCUGGCGGAGCUCCGUGAUUUGGGGCAAAGGUAUACUAAAAACUUGCACGUUUCAAAGACUAUUUGCAAGGCUGAAUUUGAGUCAGUUGAGAUUGAGCAAAUUAAACAAGAACGAAGCAAAUACGAACUGGGAAUCCUUACUGGAGUAAUGCGAAAGAAUCAUCAUGACAUCAUGCUGAAUUUUCAUCUGGCAGAAAAGAUUAUUGUCGGAUAUCGCACAUUGCAGCGCGAUGGGAUUGUAUCUUUGUUGGAAUAUUUUACCAGACAAAACGAUGUCUUGUUGCAAAAUGACCAAAAGCUUGUAGAUUUUCUGCACAAAUUGCAACAAGGAGCGUACAAUACGCCCCAUCCAAAAUUCCGUACAUUGGAAAACUUUCUACGGGAAUUUUUUCAGAGACGUUCUGAUGCAAAAGUACUGAUUGUUGUUGAGCAUUUGGAUGUAGCUCUUGUCAUCAAUAAAUGCCUUCAAGUGAUCCCUGAAUGCAAACACAAAGUAUUGAUCGACGCCAACUACGCUCAAGACAUUGAUAUGUACUGCAAAAGUCAAUUGAACGUUCUUAUUGUAACGAUUUCUAUUGAACCGGCUAUCGACAUUGGAGAAACGGAUUUGAUUAUACUUUUCAACAUGACCGAUAACCCACGUAAGUUUCUGGCACACAUCGCACGCACUCGCGGAAAAAAGCAUGGGGCCAUCGUUAUUUUGACUACGGAGGGAGCUGAACAACAGGAAGUGGAUGAAGUUAUCCAUACUCGUCGUUCGUAUCACUUCGAAAAUCGUAAUAUUCUCCCAAUAGGAGUAGAUCUUUCGAACAUGAUGAUGCAAACUUCACCGUUACUAAUUCCACCUGGGUUUCAGCCAAAAGGAAGGCAAAUUUUCUUCAACGUUCCACCCUCGACUGAUCCGUCAUCGCAGGAAUUCAAAGCAACGGUAGAAGAUCCUGCAUAUUUUCAACUGGGGAUGGACCAGAAAAUUUCGCCGCAAGCCGGGGAUAAGCGAAAAAUUGUUGAGGUAUUUUCCGAUAAACCGGCUGCCUACGAUGCGGUCAAUGGACAGACGUACUAUGAGGUAGUUCCGAUAAAGCAACAGCAGCUAGAGUUACCACUGCAGAGGAAUGAUUGCUAAACGCGUGAAAUACGUCUCAUCUGGUUGAAGUGGGCAGCUUGUAAGAUAAGUUCGUAUUUCUUGUUUUUGUUUUAACCAUAUUUUGAUGUUUUUAUGUUAAGUCUAUUUGAUAACCAGUAAUAUUUUAACACCAGGAAGGUGUUUUAAUAAA